GCUGCGAGCAGCCACUUCCACUCGCUGAAGCCAUGGCAUUUUUCAGGAUCUCAGACAAGCUUCCAGGGGCAUCCUUUAAAGAGAGUCCAUAACAGAAUAUAACGUUUCCAUCAGGCUCUUGCCUUGUCAACAAUCWGCAGCCGUAAAGCAAGUUUAAUUCUGUGAGAAGACUGAUGACAGCUAUCGUUUCACUUUGUACUGUAAUAUAUGAGAUUCUUUCCUGAAAACCCUGGAGUUGGCAUUUGUCUGGUCUAGUUGUAAAUAAUGAGAUAGAUCACAAUGGAUUUCAGUUCCUCCUCUGUGUUUGAUCAGAACAAAGCUGAUGCAGCAGAAGAGAUCGACUUGGCUGUGGUUUACCAAGCAGCAGCAAAUGGUGAUGUGAACACCCUGACUGCAGUGAUCCGAGAGGAUCCUUCCAUCCUGGAGUCUUGUGACAGAGAGGGUUGCACACCUUUGAUGCAUGCUGUAUCAGGACGCCAGGUUGAUACAGUGAAGCUUCUUUUGAAGAUGGGAGCCAAUAUUAAUACUCAAGAUGCUUGUGGACGUACCAGUUUAUCUCUGGCAACUUAUCUGGGCUGGCUGGAAGGCUGUGUCAGCCUGCUCAGGAACGGUGCUAAGCAGAACAUACCUGACAAAAACGGGAGGUUGCCACUGCACGCUGCCACUGCAGAGCCUGAUGUGAGGCUUCUGAGUGUGCUCCUGCAGCAGUCAAAUCUUAGUGAAAUUAAUCAUCAGGACAAUGAGGGAAUGACUUCACUCCACUGGGCUGCGUUCCACAACAGACCCCAGCACACCCAGACUCUGCUGCACAAGGGAGCAGACCCAACYCUGGUGGACAAGGACUUCAAAACAGCUCUGCACUGGGCAGUACAGAGCGGCAACAGAAUUCUGUGUUCCAUCAUUCUGGACCACUGGCAGGGACCAUCCAUAAUAAACUAUGAUGAUGAGAAUGGCAAAACAUGUAUGCACAUUGCUGCUGCUGCAGGCUACAGUGAUAUCAUCAGUGAGCUGGCUAAAGUCCCAAAGUGCAACCUGCAGGCCCUUGAUGUGGAUGACAGGACUCCUUUGCACUGGGCUGCAGCAGCAGGGAAAGCUGACUGCGUGCAGACACUGCUAGAACUGGGGAUAGACAGCAGUCCUCGGGACAUCAAUGAAAAUACUCCUCUGACAUAUGCAAUAUACUGUGGGCACACGGCAUGCRUCAAGCUACUGUCUCAGGAGAGCAGUAGAUCUGAGUCAGUUCAUCAGUUUCCCUCCCACAACAACAGAUUUACAAAGAAAGAAGGACGAUUCAGUAUGCUGAACCAGAUCUUCUCCUGCAAAAAGAAGAAGGAUGAUCAGAAAAUCAGUCAGAAGGAGAGAAGCAGGGAUCAAUAUCCUGGAGCAGAGACCUCAGAAGUAGAUGACAUCAUCACCCGUUUUGAUUGCAUUAUGAACAAAAAUUGCAAAAACAUUCCAGAUGAGUGUAAGACCACCCCGGACUUUAAAAGAAAGAGCACAGACACUAAGUAUCUCAUAGCAGAAAAGAAGCAAUCAGCAUGUCAGGGACUCCCUCCCAUCAGCACCCAGAGCCUCCCCCCAAUCACUGCAGGCAAUUCCUUCCUAACUGCUUCCCAGAGCACAAUGUCAAGCUUCUCCUCCAGCUCCAGUAACCCCCAUUUUCCACACAAGUCUCAAAAGUGUAGGAAUGAGCACAACUUGCUGGACCACACAAGCAGCUGCCAGUCUUUGCUGGAUGAUCCCUGGAAUUCAAACUAUAACCAAAGACUCUCUUACAAAGCCUGUACUAGGACUUCUGCAGACAAACUGAUUAAUGGCUUAAACUCUGAUAGAUCCCACCAAGUGCUUUUGUGCCCUCCUUGCCUUCCCUCACUUCCCAGUUCUCCAUCAGGUAAAAGUUUUCAACAGAUGUCCAUAGACCAACACAAAAUAAAAAAUGUUAUUCCUGUACGGAACAGCCUAGCUCCCAUAUCCAACCAUAGUGCUCACAACAUUCAGCUACCAUCGCAGGAUGCUAAGAAGUUUCAGUCCUUACAGACCAGUGCAGUUAUUCUCCCACCAGCUCCAGUCUCCAGAUCUCAGAAAAUAGGACAGUCUCAGAGUCAUAUCCUCUAUCCUGUCUUGCCUGGUCUAUCAGGAGAGCCUCUGAAACCCAGCUGUGUCCUACCUGCUAUCCCAAACCAGAAGAAAUCUAAUCCUGCAGGAGAGCUUGAGAAAUCACUCACCAAAUCAGAUGCUGAAAAUUAACUCAUUACACUGGCCUAAAUCAGUUGAAAUAUGUCUAAAACAAUCAGCUGAAAUAUGUCUAAGUGGUUGUUAAAAGAUAACUGUACAAUAAAUCUCAUUAAUUUGCAUUAGUGAUACUCUUGUGAAGUGUAAUCCAAGAAACUAUAGCACAUCACAAAAGCCACACUCUCUCUGUGUAUAUAUAUAUGCAUUUUCAUUAUAGCUUUCACUUAAAAUGAAAUUACUAAAUCAAUAUAUAAUGUGCAGUAAACUUAUUUUGUGAAUGGAACCCUCAUAAGAUGUGAUUUUGUUGCAGCAACGUGMUGUUAAGCCUUCCAUGGAAAGAAGAAAUAGAGUGAUUUUGAAGUUGGAACUAGGGAAACAUAUUGAUAGGGUUUCUUCAUAUUUUUAAGUGCAAAGGUGCUGAUUCUGAUGCUGUG